GAGUAGUAUAAUAAUACGGGUAAUAGGUAGUUCGUAAUCUGUGACUUACUCUGUGGUUGUAUGAGACGCUAACGAUGGCAUCGCCACAAAGCAUAUCUGUAGAACAGAUGAGAACCAUACUGAAUGAGGUGAUAAAUACAUUGGAAUCGCCCGACUAUGCCUCUAAAUUGGACGAGGCGAAGGAAGCAGCCGGCAAUGAAAUGUUGAAAAUGAUGCAACUGGUUUUUCCAAUGGUUGUUCAAAUUGAAAUAGAAACAAUUAAAAGACAUGGAUUUGUUGGUACACGGGAAGGCAUAGUACAGUUUACACAAAUGAUCCGUGAAUUGGAAAGCAUGGACAGUGAAAUAGCACGCCUGCACAGCAUGAUUCGGAAUCAUUAUCUACCACCAGUCUCCAUUAGCUCUACUGUUGAUACUUCAUUGUAAUUUUAUACCAUGAAGCAAACCGCAAUGUUUAAAAUGAGGAGGAAAAACAUUUAUCGAUACUGUGUCUGUGUGUGUGUGUUAUUGUACAUAUACUAUUUCUUUGGUGUCAGUGACUAUGUGUUUUCCAAAAGCUUCGACAAUAAUUUCGA